GCGGGGUUUAAGAGCACAGAAACUUUUUCUCAUAAGCAAUAAUAAUGGCAUAUCCACAACCUUCAGCCGCUGGCUUUGAGAAUUUCCAUUCAGUACUCAGUCUUCAAGAGCUCAUAAAAAAGCCUAUGGUCGAGAUCCCACCACGCUAUGUUUUUCGUUCUGAUGAUGAAGAAACCUUAAACUGCCAUUCUUUCUCCACAAUAAUCCCCACUUUUGACUUCAAGCUGCUGCUUUCCAAGGAAACCUCAGAUUUAGAGAUUGAAAAGUUGCACUCCAUUUGCAAAGAAUGGGGAAUCUUCCAGUUGGUGAACCACGGAGUUAGCUCUAUAAUGGCUAAGCUGAAUCAUGAGAUUGAAGAAUUCUAUAAGCUUCCCUUAGAGGAGAAAAUGAAAUACAAGAUAAGGCCAGGUGAGUUUGAAGGUUAUGGAACAAUCUCUAGAAUGAAAGGGACACUCGACUGGGGUGAUAGGUUCUACAUGAUAACCAACCCUAUUACUAGAAGAAAACCUCACCUGUUUCCAGAGCUCCCUUCAUCUCUGAGAGAUAGCUUGGAGAGUUAUUUAUCUGAAAUGCAAAAAAUUGCCAUGAAGCUUCUUGAGUUUCUAGCACAGGCUCUAAACAUAGAUAAAAAAGAGAUGGAGGAGUUGUUUGAUAAUGGAAUGCAAUCAAUGAGGAUGUCAUAUUAUCCUCCAUGCCCACAACCAGAGCUAGUUGUGGGUAUUACUCCUCAUUCAGAUGCAACUGGAAUCACAAUCCUCAGUCAGGUUAAUGAAGUUGAUGGUUUCCAGAUUAAAAAGGAUGGAGUUUGGAUGCCAGUGAGCUUCGUUCCAUAUGCACUUGUUGUGAAUUUAGGAGACAUUCUUCAGAUAUUGAGCAACGGGGUAUACCAAAGCAUCGAGCACAGGGUAACAGUAAAUUCUGAAAAAGAAAGGAUGUCUAUUGCAUUUUUCUGCAACCCUAAAUUUGAGGUGGAGAUUGGACCUGCUCCAAGUCUAAUCAACUCACAGAACCCACCACAAUAUAGAAGAAUAGGGAUGGAAGAUUAUGUCAAAGGCUACUUCUCUCAGAAGCUCAAUAGGAAAUCAUACUUGGAGAAAAUGAAACUUCAGCAUGAGGAAUUGGUAUUGGAGGACAAACUCGAUAGCAAUUAGUCUAAUAAUCAAUAAUCGACAUGGUUUAUAUAGAUAUAUUGAUCUUCCUACUCUGAAAGACAAUAAGCUAGAAAGAGGUCUCAGAAUGAAAGUGUUGUCCUGUCCUCUGCGUACGUCCAUGGUAUCUAUACAUAUAUGUGUUAUGUGCGUCUUGUAAUUGAUUUGUAAUUUCUCACUAGAAGUGUUGAUGAAGCAAUGUAUUUUGUUUUAAUUAUAUCAUAUACACGCACAUAAGAGUGUAUUUAAGAGUGCAACAUUUGCUGUUCUUUUCCUGUACAGCCAUGCAUAGAACAAAACGCACUUUUUUAAUGUUAUUAUAAGAGUAUAAUAAGUAAUUUUAAAUAUUCUUUUCUGAAACA